GCGUUGCUACAGCCUGGCUGAGCUCGGCGUUAAAAACCUCACUCGGAGCGCUCGCGAGGAGCGUCUGUACAUGUUUUAUUUAUUUCAUACUGGUUUUUUUUAUCUUGCUAGCAGCUUGCUAGCUUAUUAGUCUUUCACCAUGGCUUUAUUCUGUUACACAACGGUUUAGUCACCGAUGCAGAGGCGUCGUUUUUUCGUGUAGUCGAGAUAUGAUCCGUUGGAAGAUGAAUUGUUUUAGCCAGCUCGGCUUGUUGUUGUUGUUGUUGUUAUUGUUGUUGUUUUUAGCUUCAUUCGCCCAGUGCAGAAGUUUAAAAUGUCCUGAUGGGAAGCCAUGCUCGGACCGACCUCCUGUGGUACUGAUUCCAGGCGAUCUCGGGAACCAGCUGGAGGCUAAGCUAGAUAAACCCAGCGUCGUUCACUACAUCUGUUACAAGAAGACGGACGAGUACUUCACGCUAUGGCUGAACCUGGAGCUGUUGGUGCCUGUGGCCAUCGACUGCUGGAUCGAUAACAUGAGGCUGAUCUACAAUCGCACUACUCGAAGUACCGAAGCACCUCCGGGCGUGGACAUUCGCGUGCCCGGCUUCGGUCAGACGUUCGGCCUGGAGUACCUUGACCCGAGCAAACACAGCGUGGGAAUAUACUUCUUCACUAUAGUGCAAGCCCUGGUAGAUUGGGGUUACACCAGAGACGAAGAUGUCCGAGGAGCACCUUACGACUGGAGAAAGGCUCCCAAUGAGAACAAGGAGUACUUUCUGAAGCUGCAGCUGAUGAUUGAGGAGAUGGCGCAGAAGUACGGUGGUCCAGUGGUCCUCAUCGCUCACAGCAUGGGCAACAUGUACACACUGUACUUCCUCAACCAGCAGCCACAGGCCUGGAAGGACAAGUACAUCAAGGCGUUUGUGUGCCUGGGCCCUCCGUGGGCUGGCGUGGCCAAGACACUGCGCGUUAUGGCCAGUGGUGAUAAUAAUCGUAUUCCAGUGAUCAGCCCUCUGAAGAUCCGCACCCAGCAGCGGACUGCUGUGUCCACGCCAUGGCUCUUCCCGUACGCGCACACGUGGCCGAAUGACGUACCGCUGGUCUCCACACCCAGCGCCAACUACACCGUGAAAGAUUACGAGCGCUUCUUCAAGGACAUUGGCUUCGAGGACGGCUGGGCCAUGCGUCAGGAUACGGAGCCACUGGUGCAGGCUCUGCAGGCCCCUGGCGUUCCCGUGCACUGUCUGUACGGGACAGGCAUCCCCACAGCGCAGGCUUACAACUACAGUACUUUCCCCGACUCCGAGCCCGAAGUGGUGAACGGCGAGGGAGAUGGCACAGUGAACGUGCUGAGCGCCGUGCAGUGCAAACGCUGGAGAGACGAGCAGAAGCAGCCCGUCCAUCUGGUGGAGCUGCCAGGGAACGAGCACGUGGCCAUGCUGCUAAACAUCACUACCGUCGCGUACAUUAAAAACGUGCUGUUCUCUCCCUGACGCACACGACACUUUCAUCUCCGCCUUUUAAUUAGGAGAAAUGUCCAGUCACACCUGACUGAAAGACCUCACUUCUGCUUUUAUAAUCAAUUUCUGCCCCUUUGAGGUUAACUACUUCUGUCGUAAAAUGUUUUUUGCUUAGAAAAGCGCUUGGCACAGACUGCCACUUUAAUUAAGAGGAAUGAUUGGGGUCACUUUCCUAACUGAAAACGCCUCAGUUCUGCUUUUUACAACAAAACCGUGCCCUUUGGAGUCUAACCACUUCUCCUUUAUUUCUGAUGUGAAAAUGUCCAGUGGUUAUGUGGGUACCUGUAUCUUGUAGAGUAGUUAGAUGGAUACAUUAGUCUGUUUUAGAGGAGUUAAUCCAUAUAUACAUUCUUGGGCACAGUCAGAAAAAUAGUGCAAUUUUAUAUUUGGGUUGUUAAAGAUCCUAAAUUUUACUUUAUAAAUGUUUUAGACCAAAUGUUCUGUGCCAUUUUAAAUGACGUUUCUGCUGAUACUAAUCUAGCUGUGAUUUUUCUCUGAGAACUGAGGAGAAUCAUAGUACUGCUAUGACUCUUUAUUGUUAAUUAUACCAAAAAUGUUGUUUUAUUGAAUGUAAAUCAGAUGUUAUAUUUUGAAUGUUAGAUUUUUUUUUUAUUUUUUUUUUGCAUAUAUUUCUUCUAAAUCAGAUGCUAAAAAGACACAGCUGCUUUCGCAGACAUUAAAAAUGCAUAAGGCAGAGAUCAGAACUCUGGUCAUUCCAUCAGCAGUAAACUCAUACUGACAUUUUUACAGUGAACUCGCUUGUUCAAUAAUCUAUAUUUUGUUUUCAUACACAGAUCAGCUUGUAAAAUUAAUUUGGUAUAGAAUCGACACCUCAGCGAUUACAUAUAUAUAUAAAAGAAAGUAAGAUGAUGCAGUUCAAUGCCAUGCUUCCCAGGUAUAAACUUUCAUACACAGCCAAAACGAAGGUAUAUAUAUAUAUAUAUAUAUCAUUAUUUAUGUAAAUAGCAUUGUAUUUCUUAAGAAGAGAUUUAUGAGCCUUUUCAUGUUUGUUGUGGAUGGAUUUUAUUCCUUUUUGCUGUAAAAACCUGUUUGUUCCAGAUGUGUCCUUAAUGCAUUUAUUACAACUCAAAUGUGUUGCCCAAGUACUUGCCUAAUUGUUGGUGUAAGAAUCAAGAGAAAGGACUGUUCAAUUUCUGCAGCCAUCUGUCAUUAUUUUUGCUGUUAUCAUUCUGAGAAAGUAGUGGGUUCUGGAGGUCAAACAGGGGGCUUGUUAAAGGGACACUAAGUAAUAUUUUUUUCACAUGCUUUAUGUUACAAUUUUAUUGAUUUGCUGUUUAUUAGAUUUAUUUUUGGUGACUUAAAAGGAUGUGAGAACUGUAUGAGUGACGAGCAGCUUUAUUCAAUGCUGCUCUAGAAAGCCAUUUCCUCGGUUCUGUGACUGUGCUGCCGUGACCCUUUACAAAUCAGUAUUGUUCAUUUUAGUUACAAAGAGAAAAUGCUCUUGUUGUGCCUUUUAAACUUGUCAAGAGUGUUUGCAUUAUACACUGGUUGGUUGAACAAUGUGAAUUUUAAAGUUAA